AACUCUUUUGCAUAUUUGAAGUUUGGGUAUAUCAACGGUGUUGUAAUAUAGUAGUCGUACAAAUGUGAGCUAAGGGCGCCAUCUAGAGGCAUAACGUCGCUAGUGCAACAGAUUUCCGCGUCUGUGUUGGACUCAGUAGAAGCUUGAUGGAGAGCGUGCUUUUGACAUAGGAUACUGGUCUGGUGAAUGGAUAGAGCGUUUGUUUUUUUCUUUUGUAAAACUAACCUCUUCUUUCAGUUUGUGUUUCAUAGACUUGUUUUAAAUGACAACCGAUAUAUUAUUGUUAUUCCGUAGCCAGGUUACUAAUGUAAAUGUAAUUGAGGAACCAAAGGUCCUGCGUUAUGGCAUCAUGCGUUGUUGAAACAUUCCUUGUUCAAAUCCACUUUGCAAACAGAACUGGAAUGCUCCAAAACUAUUGGCACCUGGCUGGCGCUCAAGCUCGAGUUGCAGGAGUUUUUGAAACGUGACACUCGUGUAAUUUGUUACUCUAGAAGCGCGGUGCCCCCCGAAAUUGUUUCAAGUUACAACCAUUACACUAAUUGAUUAAUUCAAUAAUGAAUCAAAUAACUGGACUUAAUUAUGCUGACAAGCUUCCCAUGUAAAUGUUGGAACGGCGACAGGUACGCUUUGCAGAGGACCCCGAGAAGGCGCCACUUCCACCAGGUGAGAAGAGUGAUGACCAUCCUGUUCCUUACUAUGGUUAUUUCGUACUUCAGUUGCAUGAAAGCUGCCCCCAUGAAAGAAGCUCCUGCCAUUCGAGGGCACGGCAGCCCUGGCUAUCCCAGCGCGCGGAGCCACGGGACUCUGGAGAGCGUGGGCGGGCCGGAGCGGGGAAUGCUGUCGCUAGCGGACACUUUCGAGCAGGUGAUCGAGGAGCUGCUGGAGGGGGGAAGCGAGACGCAAGCUGCCGUUGCCGCCGCCGCUGCAGCGACACGGGGGGGUGCGGAGUCCAAGGACACGGACUCGUACACAUCGCGGGUGAUGAUCAGCAGCCAAGUGCCUUUGGAACCCCCUCUGCUGUUUCUCUUAGAGGAGUACAAAAACUACCUGGACGCGGCGAACAUGUCCAUGAGGGUCCGUCGUCAUUCAGACCCCGCCCGCAGGGGAGAGCUCAGCGUGUGUGACAGUAUUAGCCAGUGGGUGACGGCCGUAGACAAGAAGACGGCCGUGGACAUGUCAGGACAGACGGUCACUGUCCUGGAGAAGGUCCCGGUCCCCAACGGCCAACUGAAGCAAUACUUUUACGAGACCAAAUGCAACCCCAUCGGAUACACCAAGGAUGGGUGCAGGGGAAUAGACAAGAGGCACUACAAUUCACAGUGUCGGACCACCCAGUCCUACGUGCGUGCACUGACCAUGGAUAGCAAAAAAAAAAUUGGUUGGCGCUUUAUAAGAAUAGACACUUCUUGUGUAUGUACACUUACCAUUAAGAGGGGGAGAUAGUGAAUUAAAUGUUGUAUAGAUUUUAUUGAGAGAAAAAAAAGAGAAAAUAUCUAUUUGUAUAUAUACAUAACAGGGUAAAUUAUUCCGUCAAAUUAAAAUUUUAUGGACUGCAUG